CACUUGAAGCUGCCAUUACCCCACCUCCCCUCGUAGCAGCAGCAGCACCAACCGUCCUCUCAUCCUCCCACUCCACCUCCUCCUCUUCCUCCCCCUCCCUGCCUUCGCUAUGCACCCCCCUACUCUCCCGGCCCUUCUCCCCCCUGCCUUUCUCCUCCUCCCCGCCCGUCCCCUCCUCCACCAGAUGCCCGUUCCCCUUGGCCCUCUCCGUCUCCCGCUCGUGCAUGAGCACCAGGUUCCACUGCAGGUCGCGCGUCAUGCGCACGCCCAUGCCCCGCACGCGGCUCACCCGCACCCUGCCCUGCUCAUCGCGAUACGUCGCGACACUCCCACCCACUGCUGCUCCUCCUGCUGCCUCCCGUUGUGUGGCCUGUGCUGACUCAGCAUCAUCGGCUGCAGCAGCGCCACUAACAACGCCAUCCAAACCACUGCUGCCAUGAGGAUGGGCAGCCCGAGCAUCAGCAGCACCCACUGUGGCAGCAGCAUCGCUGUCAGUGGCUGCCUGCACUGCCUCAUCUGCCACCAUCGCCAGAUACGCCUCCUUCCCUGCAUCCUCCCCCUCGUCCGCCUCCUCCCUCUGCACCCCACCUCUCCUCCCGUUCACACUGUUCCCCAUGAGCCCCUCCAGCCCCAACUCACCAUCCCCACCCCCCGCAUCCCCUCCAGCUCCCCCAUCCCGUGCACCGGCCACAGCGCCCUUUGCCUCUCCAGCGCCCCCCAUCACCUGCC